CCGGCGCUCCGGGAGCGGGCGGUCUCCAUGGCAACCAGCAGGCCCCGACCCAGUUGCCUGGUUCCCCGCUGCCGUCUCGCUGGCCGCGCCCGCACAAAGACUGUGCGGUGACCGCUCAGUGCCACGACCCCGCCAUUCCAGCCCCGCGGGAACCGCAGCCACCGCCGCCCGGGAAGCAGUUCCGGCGGUCGCCGUGACGCGCAGGCCGGGUGCGGCCCCGACCCGCGGGCCAUCUUGGCAGCGGAAGGAGCAGCGGAGCGACAGGUACACGCGCUGCCCGGCCCGGGCCAGCUCAGGUGCGGCCGCCUUUGUUCUCGGGCAGGUAGUCUCGUAGCACCCGCGGGCAGCGCUUUCACUCGCAGCCCGAAUUCCGGCAGGUGCAUCCCGCCAAGUCUGGGCAGCUCAGGUCUGCGCCUCCCGUAAGGCCUGAGCAGGUUCAGCCUGUGCAUCCUGCAAGGCCUGGGAAGGCCCAGCCCGCUCAUCCCGCAAGGCCUAGGCAGGUCCUGCUUGCUCAUGCUGCAGGCCUGAGUAGGUUUAGUCUGUGCGUCCUUUAAGGGUUGAGCAGGCCCAGCUCGAACAUCCUUCAAGGCCUGGGCACGUCCAGCCAGCGCCCCACGCCUUGACCCUGCAAAGCUUGCAGAAAGGAACUGCAUCCAGGACAGGAUCGGUGUCCCCAGGCUUGUUCUCCCAGAUUCUGCCUGGGCGCACCUGCUUCAGCAUCCAGGACCUUUUGCUCUGCUUCUCCAGCUCUCCGUUGUUUGAUCUUUGCCAGAAUGGUCCAACCUCAGACCUCCAAAACAGAAAGCCCAGCCUCUGCCCCUGGUGCCAGCGCACAGAAGGAUGAUGUGGCUGACACCCUGACCUCCUUGCGACUCACCAACUCUGCACUGAGGCGCGAGGCCUCCACGCUGAGAGCCGAGAAGGCCAACCUCACCAACAUGCUGGAGAGCGUGAUGGCGGAGCUCACAUUGUUGCGCACCCGGGCGCGCAUCCCUGGCGCUCUGCAGAUCACUCCGCCUAUCUCUGCCAUCACCUCCAAUGGAACCCGACCCAUGACCACGCCGCCCACCUCGCUGCCUGAACCUUUCUCUGGAGACCCCGGCCAGUUGGCGGGGUUCCUGAUGCAGAUGGACAGGUUCAUGAUCUUUCAAGCUUCCCGCUUCCCGGGUGAAGCCGAGAGAGUGGCCUUCCUGGUGUCACGACUGACUGGGGAGGCAGAGAAGUGGGCCAUCCCCCACAUGCAGCCGGACAGCCCUUUGCGAAACAACUACCAGGGCUUUCUGGCUGAGCUGCGCAGAACCUACAAAUCCCCGCUGAGGCAUUCGAGGCGUGCCCAAAUCCGGAAGACUUCUGCAUCCAAUAGGGCUGUGCGGGAGCGGCAGACGUUGUGUCGCCAACUGGCUACAACGGGCACAGGGCCCUGCCCAGUGCAUCCAGCUUCCAACGGGACCAGUCCGGCACCAGCCUUGCCCACCCGCAGCCGGAACCUUUAGGGACCUAUGACCACCCAGGUAGCUAGACUGUUGCUGAGAAGAAUUGUCCAUAAGGUAGCAUUGUCCUGUUUGCAGACGCCUUUCACGCAACUCCUGAUCUAUGGGAGGCCAUCCUGCCAUCCUCAUUGGUCGUCCACCCUGCUGUGUGUUUUUGCUAGCUUUACCUGCAACUCGGUGCAUGCUCCCCUUUCUGUUGCUUGCAAUCCCGGCUUCUCUAGUAAUCACAACACAGCCCCUUGGACAUGCGCCUGCCUAGGAGCCGUUUAGGCUGACCACCUUUGUGGGCUCUGCGAGCCGACAUUCAGCUUCUGUGCACUCCUACAUGCACCCUGUUAGUUGAUGAGUUCUGAAUAGAAAGAAGCCAAGUUGGUCCUGUAGGUGGCUGACGUAUACCUGAACCAGCCUGCCCACAUCUGAUCACUUGGCAAGUUUGCCAGGUAGUCACUCUGCAUUCUGGGGAUUCUUCCCCUUCUGGGGGAGCCUGUAUUCCGGCAUACCCCACUGCUGUUGCUGAGAACAUCUGGUCCUUCGCAGGCAUUCCUCCUGCCUCUCCUGUUCACAGGAGACUCGUCCACACCCAUUUGUGACUGCCAGCGUUCUGAUGGCAUCGAGGACAUUGAGCAUUCGUCUGCUAAGUUAAUCGGGGGCCCGGGACCCUGGGCACUUCCAUCAGGCUGCCACAGGCAGCAGAUUCAUGACAUCCACGUGCCAGCUACGACAGACCGAGGGGGACCCUGGGAACCCCAUUUGCCGCCUGGAUUUCCAUUGAGAGACUCCCAGGUGUCUGCUCAUUCCUGCCCAUGUGGCUCCAUGGCGGGCCUUACCUAGCCGCAGACUUUUCCACCCAGGGGCCAUGUGGCUUUCACCUCUGCCUUUCAGCCACCACACCAUCUCUAGGGGGCUAAGGAGCCCAUGCAACAUUACCUUCUCUGUGCCUGGGCCUAAUGUGUAGCCUUUGUCCAAGAACAAAAGACUGGCUGGGAGCCAGUUCCUCUGGGAGACACCAUCGAGCGCCUUCGAUAAGGGGUGUUGGCCUCUUGCCGAAGAAUUGGUCGUGAGUGGUUAACAGCCUUGGUCUUCAUGUGGCACACAUUCCAGUUCUGAGAACAAAGCGUUGGCUUCUUCCCAGAAGGAUGACCUGGAAAUCAUACUCAGACUCAGCCGAGCCCUGGACAGUGACAUCUGUCACAUUUCAAUGCCAAAUUGACUGUGUUUACAUGCCCACUUGGCCCCUUGGGGGAGAUGGGUGCCUCUCCUGGGUUCUCCUGCCCUCCUCUGCAUGGUCUUGUCUUGACCACAAAAGGCCACCUCUGCACGCACCCAAAGCUCUCCCCUCUUGGGAGUCCAGAGACUGGGACCUGGAACAUGGCCUCUUUCAGAGACUUCCUCUGUCAUUGGGAAAAGUGACUGAUUCCAAAGCAGCCACCCUUGCAAGGCCAGGGAUCUCCAAUGCUCGCUGGGCUCACGGCCCACAGCCACCUGCUUCUUGUUAACUCUGUUAGCCCAGCAGCCUUGCCGAACAGCCUAGACCGAGGCGCCCUGCUAGCACCAUAGUGCUUCACAAGCAGGCAGAAAACUCUCCAGGGGUUCCACUGAGGGUAUUUACUGGUCCCCAACAGCUGAGUCUCAGGACCUUCUAGUAGAGGGGUCCCCAGGUGAAGCUAUAGCUUCAGCAGAAAUGUGGGGUGGUGUCUUUGGAGGCAAGAGGCACCUAGGACAUUUAUUUGUGGCCUUCUCAAUGAGGAUUAGAGACCCAGUGGGAGGCAUGUUACCUGCCCUGGCUCCUUGGGCCACUGGGUGAUGUGUUUGUGUUAGGAUCUGCUACAGCCCUCAGCUGGUCCUGGAGCCAGAGCUGUGCAGGCUGUCUCCCUGUGUGGCUUCACUAUCUCCCUUUGCCGUCUGGGCUGAUUCUCCCGGGUCACUCUGCUGCUCUGGUGGCAGUGGCUUGGUGAUUGUUUUUGUUGUUGUUGUUGUUUUGUUUUAUCUUGGUGUUUGUGUUUAUGGAACUGGGGCAGUGCUGCCCUGUAUUUAGAACCAUCUCGAUAGCUCCCUGUAGCUUGGAGCCUGGAGCACAUGAGAGACGGUUGACACUGCCCUUCUCCUUGGACCUGGAUGAACCACUUUGGAUCUGUUGCCUAGGAACCUAUUGUGGCUCUAGUGGGGGGACAUGGUUAGUCCUCAGCCAAAAGGACAAGAUGCAAGGCCCAUGUGGCUCCAGAGGGAGACUAUGAUAACUGGGCAUCAAGCUGAGGAAGGGGGAGGGGAGGCUUUGUACAUAUCUUAAGGUUGUAGUUUCUGGAGCUCAGAAGAGAACAGGGCGAAGGGGAGAGGAGCUGGUAUAUGAAGGAGCGGCCUUCCUCUCAGCAUUGACUGUUGCGGCCGUACUGCGCCUACUCCCCAGACGCUGUGACACCCAUCUGGUAAGCAGACUUCACUAUAUUUAGUAUCUAACUGACAGUGGGACCUGGCCUGGCAUAAGGGUGACUUCCCAGCCUGGCGUGUAACGUGACCUUGGAAUUAUCGUCGCGUCCCAAAGCAUUUAGUGACUUUGAAGGACCCCAGCUGAGUAUGUGGCAGGUGUGAAUGCCGGAUGAUAGUACAUUUGGGCUGGUCUGAGACAGGUGCCUCUUGAGGAGGACGGAGCCUCUGCUGGAUGCACAUCAGCCUGCAGGGGAGUGAAUGCAGCUGGGGAAGCUGCCCUGGGCCGAAGGUGACUCAGGGAGCAAGGCUGGGGCUUGGCUGGAGCACACUGGGGACAGGGCGUUAGGUGGCAGAGGCUCUGCUGUGUAGCAUGCAUGCUACCUCCCUCUGUCACCCUGUGCUCGGAAGGUGUCCGUCAGGAGCUUUGCUAGGAUGUCAUGACAUGAGGCUCGGGUUAGGAACUGAGAGCUGGAGGCUGGGCCAGUGGGCAAGCUAACCAGGGUUGGGAAGUCCUAGCCUUUAACAUCUCUUUAGGACCUCAAGUUGGACUUGGUGACAGCUAGUCCAGCACAGAGGGUGGAACUGAAGAGAGGAGUCCCCAUUCAGUGCCACCAGCAGCUGGACCAGGGCUUCCCAUUCUCCAUGGCAGCACACGUCAGGAAGUAUAGGGGACCAAGGAGGAAAGAAAAUGAUCAAAUUCAGUGUUUUGGUGUUUCCUUCCUUCCCUGGUCCCAUCUUUCUUCGCACCUGUACACCCAUGGUGCUGGACCCCCACUGCGUGCAUAUGACACAGCUAUCCCAUGUGCCACCAACCUUAUCCUGAGUGACUACAAACACUCCCCUUAGGCAGAGGGACAGUGCUGUGUCAGAGAUUGAUGAUGUGUCAGAAUUUCCUCCUAGGGUCAAGUCACUCCCUUGGAGCAGACUCUCAAAGGUGGGAUUGUUGGAUUAACGAAUACAGGGCCCUCUGAGACUUUUAUUACCUACCGACAAAAUGAUUUCCAGAAAUUUCUGUGUCCAUUCCGCUGCCACCAGCAAGGACUGCUGAUGUCCUUUGCUCCACUGAUGGGCCUGGCCAGUUUGUAAGAGCUCCGUAAUGGAAUUAAAGAUACUAACCUGUUGUGUGUCGUA